GGCGAGCGGGCCGCGCCGGGCUCCUGCGGGGCGGGGGCGGCGCAACGCGGGGCCCCGCGGUUUCCUCUCGGCGUGGCCGCGACCGCCCGGCGGCAGCCGGCUCCGCCACCAUGUUCAGGCGGAUCCUGCAGCGGACUCCGGGCAGAGUUGGGUCUCAGAGCUCGGAUUCCGAUUCAUCUGCCGCUCCAGGAAAUGCUGUGGAUGUGAACAAUGAGGGCUCCUCUGAGGGCUUCAUCUGUCCGCUCUGUAUGAAAGUGUGUGUAACUCCUACUGAUCUGUCUGAACAUUACCAGAAUGAGCACGUGGGGACAGACGGAAGACAGGAGCUUCGUGACCUUCCAGCUGUUACUGGAUUUAUCUGUCCUCUGUGUAUGAAGUCUCAUGGAUCAGCUGAGGAGCUGUUCAAGCACUAUGAAGCAGUUCAUAAUUCUGGCAUCGAUUCAACUCGUGGAGGGGAAGGUCAUCUGUCACCAGAAAGAGAUGAAGUAUCACUGCUCCGACAAGAAGUACAAGACUUGCAAGCUUCACUGAAGGAGGAGAGGUGGUAUUCAGAAGAGCUGAAGAAAGAACUAGAGAAAUUGCAGGGGCAGCGGCAGCAAGAUUCUAAGACUGAUGGAUUGACAACGUCUACGUCUACAGAAUCAUUAGAGCGGCAACUAGAAGAGAUCCAAGUAGAAAAUUUUAAUAUUAAACAAAUGAAAGACUUAUUUGAGCAAAAAGCAGCACAACUGGCCACUGAAAUUGUGGAUCUUAAAGCAAAGUAUGAUGAAGAAAUCAGCCUUCGGGAAGGUGCAGAACAGAAAAUGACAAACCUAACGCAGGAACUACUGAAGGAGAGAAGUACCAUAGAAGACUUAAAGACAGAGCUGCUACAAAGGCCUGGAGUGGAAGAUGUGGCUGUUCUUAAAAAGGAACUGGUCCAAGUUCAGACGCUGAUGGACAAAAUGACUUUGGAACGUGAGAGAGAAUCUGAAAAGCUGAAGGAUGAGUGCAAGCACUUGCAGGCAGAGCAGGCAAACUCAGAGGCUACCAUUAAUCAGUUAAGAGCUGAACUUGCCAAAGGACCUCAGGAGGUAGCUGUGUAUGUUCAGGAGCUUCAAAAACUUCAAAGUUUAGUCAAGGAGGUAGAACAGAAAAACCAGAAUCUGACUGAGAAGCUGCUGAAGAAGGAGCAGGAGUACAGCCAGCUAGAAGAAAGACACAAUGAGGUAUCUGUGAGUAAAAAGAACGUUCAGGCAAGCUUUCACCAGAAGGACCUGGACUGCCAACAGCUGCAGGCAAAGCUGUCUGCAUCAGAAGCAUCAAUACAGAGAUUACAGACAGAGCUAGGUGAGAAGGGAGAAGCAAGCCAGAAACUUAAAGAAGAACUGUCUGAAGUAGAGACAAAGUACCAGCAUCUUAAAGCAGAAUGUAAGCAGCUCCAACAGCAGAGAGAGGAAAAAGAACAGCAUGGCUUGCAGCUCCAGAGUGAGCUCAGUCAGUUGCAUAGUAAACUUCUAGAAACAGAGCGCCAGCUAGGGGAAGCACAUGGGCGGCUUAAGGAACAGAGGCAGCUCUCUAGUGAAAAGCUGAUGGACAAAGAGCAGCAGGUGGCUGAUCUUCAGUUGAAGCUUUCUCGAGCUGAAGAACAGCUAAAGGAAAAAGUGGCAAAUUCCACAGAAUUGCAACAUCAAUUAGAUAAGGCAAAACAACAGCACCAAGAACAGCAGACACUUCAACAAAACACAACAUCAAAACUACGAGAAGCCCAGAAUGAUUUGGAGCAAGUACUACGACAAAUUGGAGAUAAGGACCAAAAAAUUCAAAAUCUUGAGGCCUUGCUUCAAAAGAGUAAGGAAAAUAUCUCUCUGCUUGAAAAGGAAAGAGAGGAUCUGUAUGCAAAAAUUCAAGCUGGUGAAGGAGAAACUGCAGUUCUUAACCAGCUACAAGAGAAAAAUCAUGCAUUGCAAAUUCAGGUAACUCAGCUGACAGAGAAGCUGAAGAAUCAAUCAGAAAGUCAUAAACAAGCCCAAGAGAAUUUGCAUGAGCAAGUGCAGGAGCAGAAGGCACACCUAAGAGCUGCUCAAGACCGGGUGCUCUCUCUGGAAGCCAAUAUCACUGAGUUGAGCAGCCAGCUAAAUGAAAGUAAAGAGAAAGUAUCACAACUUGAUGUACAGGUAAAAGCAAAAACUGAAUUGCUGCUUUCAGCAGAAGCAUCAAAAGCUGCUCAAAGAGCAGACCUUCAGAAUCAUCUGGACACCGCCCAGCACGCACUGCAAGACAAACAACAGGAGUUAAAUAAGGUCAGUGUUCAGUUGGAUCAGGUUACAGCUAAGCUGAAUGACAAGCAGGAAUACUGUGCUCAGCUGGAAGCCAAUCUCAAAGACUACAAAGAGCAACGUCUUAAUUUAGAACAGAAAACUGAAGAGCUAGAGGGACAGCUUAAGAAACUUGAGGCUGACAUUCUUGAUGCUAAAGCAAGCAAAGAACAAGCUCUUCAGGAGGUACAGCAGCAGCGACAGCAAUCUACAGACUUAGACCUCCGAAUAGCAGAACUGAAUAAACAACUUGAAGCAGAAAGAGAAGUUAUGUCUAGUGCUAAACUGGAUUUACAGAAGAAAUCUGAGGCCCUUGAACAAGCCAAACAGCAGAUUUCAAAGCGAGAGGAGGAAAAUGCCAGCCUCAAAAAAAAUCUUGAGAAAUCACAUCAAGAUACAAGUAAACAACUCAAGGAAUUAGACUGUAAAAUGCAAGCAGCAACAUCAGAGCUGCAACAGGUGAAAUCAGAGAAGGAAACUCUGCUAAAGGACCUUACAGCUACCAAAGAGAAGCUCUCCAAAAAUUCCGAAUCCUUCAAAAAAAGGAAGGAAGAAUUAGAAAAAGAAAUAGAGAAAGGAAAAGCAGCUCUAGCAGAAAUGGAAAAAUCUUACCAAGAAGUAAAACAGCAGCUCCAGGUACAGUCAGAGUCUGUAGCUAAAGAGAGGAAUGAAUUGAAAAACUCGCUAGAAAAAGAGGAGGGGAUUUCUAAGCAGUUGUCAAUAGAACUUGACUCAACACGAGCGCAAGUACUGGAAAUUCAGGGUCUUCUGAAAGAGAAGGAGAACAGUGAGCAGCAUCUUCAGGGAAAGCUGAGAGAGAUAAAGGAAUCUUUUGAGCAGAAGAAAAAGCAUGGUGAAACGCUGCAAGCUGAAUUAAAAACUGCCCUUUUAGAAAAGGCAGAACUGGAGAAUAAACUGCAACAGCAGACUAUUUUGUCAGCUCAGGAGCUUAAAGCAGAGAAAGGAAAACUAGCAGACUUACAGAAGACCUAUGAAAAAAAUAAGGAAAAUCUGGAGAAGUUGCAGCUGGACCUGUACGGGAAAGAGUCUGAGCUGCUGGCAACCAGACAAGACCUUAAGUCCACAGAAGAAAAAUUGGCUCUUGCUCAAGAAGAAUUAGUUUCCAGCAGAAAUCGAAUUGCUAGCAAUAAUCAGCAGAUUCAGGAACUGAAGAAAGCAAAGUCAACGCUGGAACAGGAUGCAUCAAAGAAGGAGCAGCAGCUGGGCGAAAAGACCAAAAUGUUACAGGAUCUUCAGAAUGAGAGGAUUUUGAAAGAAAAAGACUUGGCUAAUGAAAAAUGUAAAACAACAGAGCUCCAGGAAAUAAGGAAUAGACUUGAAAAAGAAAGUGCCAAGCUGAGCGAAGAGCUUAGAGUCUGCAAGCAAGAAUUUGAGAAGGAGGUGGCAAAUCUCAAAGAUGCAAAACAACUACUUAUUCAACAGAAAUUAGAGCUUCAGGGCAAGAUAGAUAGUAUGAAUUCAACUCUGGAACAGGAGAAGAAAAACCAACAAGCUGUCAAAGAUCAGCUGAAAAAGAGAGAAGAGGAACUGAAGAAAGAAUGUGCUGCAAUUGAAGCCAAACUGAGCUCUGAGGUGAAAGAGAAAGAAGAAGAAAACCGAAAAUAUGAGGAGAAGGAGACGAAACUCACCAUGCAGGUCACAGCUCUGAAUGAAAACCUGGCUACCAUGAAGAAAGAGUGGCAAAGCAGUCAGAGACGAGUUAGCGAACUGGAGAAACAGACAGAUGAUUUACGUGGGGAUAUUGCUGUCUUAGAAGCAACUGUGCAGAAUAAUCAGGAUGAGAGAAGAGCUUUGCUAGAGAGGUGUAUAAAAAGUGAGGGAGAAAUUGAAAAGCUUCAGUCCAAACUUGUAGAAAUGAAGAAAAAGCUGGACAAUACUACUGCUGCAAUGCAGGAACUAGGCCGAGAAAACCAGUCAUUACAGAUCAAACACACUCAAGCUCUCAACAGGAAAUGGGCAGAAGACAAUGAGGUGCAGAAUUGUAUGGCCUGCGGAAAAGGCUUUUCAGUGACUGUGAGAAGGCAUCACUGUAGACAGUGUGGAAAUAUCUUUUGUGCUGAGUGCUCAGCAAAGAAUGCCUUAACUCCUUCUUCUAAGAAGCCUGUCCGGGUCUGUGAUACUUGCUUUAAUGACUUGCAAGGAUAACUGGUGUGAGUGACAAAGAAAUGUUACACUAAAAUUUAUUAUUUCUGUUGAUGCACUUCAUUCAGCACUCAGACUACUACUCAGUUUGGACAAUGAUUGUAACACUUGGCAAAAUUUAGUAUAUUUUAAAAUGUUUAUUGAUACCAAGUAAAACUAUUGUAUUUUUUGUGAGAUAUGGGCUCAGAUCACCCAAGCUUAUUGCCGUCUAUCCUGGAAAGAGCUUCUAUGUCUAGAAAUUAGAUUAGAAAUACCCGGUUAUUUGUAAAUAAAGUUUAAACAGAGGAGUAACAAUGUAUUUUUUUAUCUUUAUUUUUUUUUUUUCAAGAGAAAAUGCGUUUAUGUGAUAUUGCAGUUUAUUCUUGUUUCCUUCAAUGAAAAAGGAAGAUGCAAAAACUUGUGAGGAUUUUGUGUAUCAAAUGUUGCUGUAAUAGCAUAACUCGUUGCAUUUGAUUGUGUAUCUGAUGGUCUUUAUAACCCCUUGUGUUUUUAUUUUCUUUCUCUCUGGUUUUUGGACUUUUCUCUUUAAAGUUCGAACUCCACAUUGAGGGGACAUGGCUGGACGUAACUCUCAGUUUUACUUGCUCACUUAGAACUUGUAGUAUCAGCACCUGAGUUCUUACCCAACUACAGGACUUGGAUACUGGAAUAUCUUUAUGCAUACUGUACUGCAUAAUUUGUGUGUGUAUGUGUGCGUGCGUAUGUAUGAACAAGUGAUGAGACCAAGUUUAGUGGGCAUUGUAGGAACAUUACGUGAAGCUCUCCCACGUGGACUGAUUUCACUUUUACAUAUUUGAUGAAUUGAUUUUAAUAUCCCAGAAACCCUUUAUAUGCAGGAUUUCAAAAACAGACAGUGCAGAUAGUAGCCUGUAGCUCAUCUGUCACCAUGCCAUAGUCUGGGAGCUCCAAGGAGUCCUUGUGGUUCUGAGGCAUGUCCUGAAAUUCCACAACUAGGAAUUCUACUAAGAAAAACUCUCCUCAGGGGAGGUGCUGCAUUUGAGCUGAACGUUUCUCCUGUCUCUUACUUCAGCUUUUGAUGGAAGAAGCUGAACAGCUGGUACUCCUAAGAGACCUCAUUUUUCCAUUGUUUCGUCUGUCCCCUGUUGCUGAGGGUUCUUAAAUUGUAUGCUAGUCCUAUGAUUUAGUCUGCUUAGAAUGGUGAUGCAAAUCUCCUGGUGCUGGCUUAGCUUUAAGCCAAACAGCUCUAAGUAAGCAGGUCAAUAUAUACAGUUUUAGAUCAUAGAUUCAUUGAAUUGCUUGGGCUAAAGGGGCCUUUAAAGAUAACUACUCCAACCCCCUUGCAAUGGACACUAAACCAGGUUACUCAGAGUCUCAUCUGACCUAACUUUGAACAUUUCCUCUGAUGGGGCAGCCAAAGCUUCUCUGGGCAAUCUCUUCUGGUGUCUCACCACCCUGUGUUUGUUCUGAUUUUAUUCUUCUGUAUUAGCAACAGAGGUUUCCUGAUGCGUUCAUGUAAAUUCUAAAUCUUUUUAUUGUGCUUUUAUCUACCCUUGUGUUUUUUUCUUGCCCGUGUCUAACUUUGAAUCUCUUUGAAGUAAGUAUCCAGUGUUUGGCCUCAGAAUUGUUAUUAUUUCUUCUGAGCUAAGGUUAUAUGUUCUCAUACUUAGAGCCCCUUUGUCUAGAAUGCUGUAAUAAAUUCCUUACAACCCAAGCCAUUCUCUGUCCUAAAAAACUGUGCUGGCUGUUCAGAGAUAAGGAAUAUGGCCUCAGUUCCUCUACUGCUGCCUCCCAAGGUAAAGAAGAAGGUUCUGUUACAGUGGUGGACAGUUAGCCAUCUUUAGGUAGGUUUGUUUACUUUUGUGUGCUGACAGGCCUGUAUGUGAAUGAAGAGGAGACUUUUGUGACAAAUGUAUAGCCCUGACUCUCAAAUGAAAAGGCUUCUUAAUCAUUCAUCCCCAGUAGUGAUCUGUGUUUCAUAUCCUAACUACCUAGUUAGGUAGAUUGCAUCCUCACCUCAACAAUUCUUUCUCAGUAAGUUUUCUUACUUCCCAGAAGCCAGCUGAGUUAUUUAACUGGUUCUCACAACUAUAGAAGGGCUUGGAGUAAAAGCAUGAUAACAUGAAAUACUUUUCAACUUUUCUAGUUUGAACUCGAGAGUUGCCUGCUUGAAAGAAACCAUUGCUGCAAUGACUCUGUGUGAACAGACAUUCUGGACUUGCUGCAUCACCUUGUUGCAACUGCUCAAAAUAAUAAUUCUUGGAAUAGAAAGUAAGAGCAGAACUUUGCUUCUGGUAAUUUCUUCUAUCUAUUUAUUGGCUGAGGGAAUCCAGAAGGUUUGCUUUCAAGCCUUUUAUUUGUCUGACAAGUGACUUCAGAACUCUGGCAAAGGUGAUGAGAUUGGAUUCUUGCUCCAGCCUAGGUCUGGUUGUGAAGCAGAUGGAACCUAGUGCUGCUUUCAGGGUAAAGGACAACCACAUUAAGCAGAAGGGAUUUUAAGAAUGAAGGGGGAAGCCUCUCACAGCUGUACCGAGGACAAAAUGUAUGUGGUAGAUGAAGAUGGAAAUCUCUCAAGGGAGCGGGGGAAGUGGUUAAAAGAUUCACUUGUGUUCAGAUGUUUUACUUUUGUAUGGGGAUGUUUGAAACAUGAGGAGAUGGCUCUACAGUAAGGAGAAAAUAGUAGGAGAUGGCUCUACAGUAAGGAGAAAAUAGUAGAAGUUCUAAUGGCAUUGCUCCUGAUUUAAUCUUUUGCAAUGCUUUUGUGUAAAAAUGAGCAAAGUCACCUCAAGGAGCUGGUUGCUGAGGCAGUGUGUUUGGUUGACCACGGCGUAACUCUUAAUGUGGAGCUCCCCAUCUUCAGGGUGAAACCAGCUGUUUCUAAAGGUUGUUUUUGAUGACCAUGGACUUUUUGAGGGGACAUAAAUAUUUUUCAAAUACAUAUUUGAAGAAAAAUGAAUUGCUAAAACCAGGAAGAACAGUGGGGUAGAAGCUUUCAUGCUUGAGAAUUGAGUCUACAGCAAGGUUGGGAGUUCUACAGCUUUUCACUGGAGUGAAUUAGUGUCUUCCUUGCUAAAUCUUUUGCUUAUGAUUCUUAGUGCAGAUCUGUAAUCACUGAUGAAUUGAUGGACCAUAUAAUGCUGGCUUUUGGGUGGAACCUGUACUCAGGCUUGGGAAAAUGAGGAUUAUUAUUACUAUAAGGAAAACUGGAAGUUGAAAAGCUCUAUAUUUUUAUUUCCACUCAUAGAUUCUGUUACUUUGAUGGAUGUAUUUUCAGUAGGAAUAUGCUUUUUAAUUGUUGUUGUUGAUAUUGUUGUUGCACUACUUUAAAAUAGAAAUAAUAGGAAAAAAGUCUAGUAAAAAGACUGGCAAGUUUCACCACACAGAGUUAAAGGACUCUGCACAAAGUAGUUGAGCGUACUGAUUUUUCAGACUACAAAAACAGAGAAAAAAGUGUCAGAAGAAACUAGAACAUGGGAACCAGAGGACAUGGAGUGAUUUGCUUUAGCCUUUAUCAAGAACCUCAUUGGUCUGAUUCACUGAGGAGAGGCUAUAAUGGAACAAGAUGCAGAGGGAAAAAAUGGUAAAAUAUAUGCUUGCAGAAGUAGGUAUGUGGGAUCCUCAAGAUGCCUCUAGUUACCAGCUAUCACUGUGGCAUCCGGAAUGUGACAGUGAGCUGUGGGAUUUUUUCCCGAAACUGUGGAUUAAGUGUCCUCAGAGAGGACAUUCAGGAUCUUUGGUGGAAGCAGAAUGUGAAACACCAGCUGCUGCAUGGGCUGAGGCAAUUGGAAAAGUAUAAAGGAUGGUGUUGUUAAGGAUGGGUAGAGGUUCUUAUAACUUUUUAAAGACACUGCACCUCUCCCUAAUCAAACAGCCAUGAUCCCUUGGGCUGUUGCCUCUAAAAUACCAAAUCCUACUGUUUUUCUUCCAGCCUCAUGUCAGCAAUACAUACUUCAUAUUUCCACACUGCAGUCCCUGUGGAGGCAGGUUGCAUUGCGGGGCUCAAUGGCAGGCUUUUGAUCUUAGCUGGAUAUGCUUCACUGUUGUUUCUUCUGCCCAUGUAUUCCUUCCCUCCAGUGACCUUCCCCUUUCUACAACGAUUUAACAAAGACAAUAAAACUGAGUCACAGUAGGAAAACUUGCUGUCUGCGGAUGAGGAGACGAAGGGAAAUUGCUGCUGCUGCUUCCAGCAGUGCUUUAGCUUAAAGCGCAGUUUGUUUCCUCUGUUUUUGGAAGGUGUCAAGUAACCAAGUUGUUGUGGAGUGUGGAGCCCUAGGCUCACAAGAGCAAUGAAUAUUUUUGUUGGUUUUGGAGCCAUCAGGGUUGUUUGUGAAUCCUCACUGGAGAGCUUUUCUUAGUGGAGGAAGAGGGCAUUUGGGAGCACAAAGUAAACUUUCUGUGCUUGCGUUAUAUUAGCAAGAAUAACUGAACCUCACAUACUAGAGGUAAGGAAAGUGACAUUCCUGAAGAGGGGACCUGGAAAACUCAAGUGUUAUUUUGGAUUGUUAAAUGCCAGUUAAAUGGAAAGUUGUAACAAAUGUCUUUUGCAAAACUUAAAAAUUUACGACCAGUUCUCAGCGUAAGACAGAAAACUGCUGGAGCUGAAGUUCGAACAGAGCAUAAACUCUGCCAGGAAGGAUGACACAUCAGUUUAAGUAUGCUAAAACUGAUAAAUUACUCCUCCAGGGUACCACCCUUCCACACAUAUUCUUGUGGGACUAGGAAAUAACACUGUCAUUUGCACUAUGCACUUUUUGCUGUCUAACUGAAUAUAAUCUGGAGUAAGUCGAAUGGCAUUGUUGGCGUUGCAUACGUUAGCUGUAAUCAGUGGACAGAAAGUUUAUCUUCAGCUGGACUUUUCACUGUAUUACAUUUGGCCCCUUGCUAUGUAAGGAAAAUUGCACUCAUAAUUACUGUGUACCAAAAGCAAGAUCGUCUGAGAGCACAUGUAACAGGAAAAUUCAUGUAGUCAUACACACAUUGUCUUUGUAGAGCUUCAUUUUAAGAUUAUAACAUGAGAAUAUGUGAACAUUAUAUAUUUUCAAGGUUUUUGCCAGUUGUUCAGUUCUUCAUUUAUGAAGUACUGGCCUCGCUAUCCCUUCUAGGACAAGCCUGAAAUUAUUGUCCAACCACAGCCCCUCUCCAAAAGCACUAAAUGCUCUACUUUUCAAAACCAGCAAUAAUUGGAUAGUGAAGUCCCUCCACAGAAACUCAAUUUCACUUCUUAAUUUUUAUUAUUUAGGGGGCACUGAACUAAGAGCUUUGCAUCUUUAGAGAGAGCGUUAGAUGCUUCUUACGGUCACAAUAACAAAUAGGUACUAGUUAAUGUCAUAAACUCUGCUUUUUGUCUGUAGUGUGCCACAUAUUAUGCACUCACUGUGCAGCAGAUACAGGAGUAUCAGAUCAAUUGAAGAUUACCGAAGCCCCACUAACACACUUGGAUCAGUGUUAUUUUGACAGCAGAAGCCUGGUAGUUAUGUUUUCCAACUUUUCCUCCCCCCGUGACCUAAACAAAGUAAUUAAUCACUAAAUCUGUGUUUUCUGCCUUUUUUGGGUAGAGAGGGCUGGGAGAAGGGCUCAUUGUUAGAUGUCCACAGGCCCAGGCUCCUGCUGUUGGUUUUAUGGCAAAUUGCUCUGUUGUAUUUGUAUCAUGCUGAGCCUCGAUUCCUGGCACAAGAGUGGUGCUGAGGAGAGCGUCUCGCUGAGUUAGCAAAUACCAGAACUUUUUAUAUUUAUGUGUCCAAAAUGCUGCUUGUAUAGAAUUUGUCACUUUUAUAAGAAAAGAAGAAAAAAAUCAUGAAAAAAAACGUCAUAAAAUCCCACCAUCCCAUCAUGUAAGGUUUCAUUUGAACUACCUCUCAGCGUAAGAUUCAAACAUUAGGUAAGUUUAAUAGGGUUUGCUCACUGUCAUAUUGUGUAAAAGUUAUAGUGAAUGCCAAAAUCACAAAAGAUUAUCACCAAAAAAAGAACUGAAAAAAAAAACAACCACAAAGAAAAAGAUGAAGUCUUUCUUCUUAUGUGUUUGGAAGUAUCCAAUAGUUUCAAGUUACUGUAAACUCUGUUGUAUUCUUUUAACUUCUGUAGUUUUAGUGUUGCAAACUCUAGCUGCUGGACAGGAGGCAAACCAUAACCACAAGCUUUCAUAAUCAUGGUCUGCUGAGUAAAAACAAUUUUGUGUGCAGCAUUGUUGUUUGGCUAUGGAUGGCCUCAUUCACCAAAUGUACCAUUAAUUAUUUGUUUUCUUCAGUACUUGAGAUGUGAACUUGAUGAAUGAUUUCUGUAAUGGAUGCGUGCCACAAACUGCAUUGUCUUGUUUGCCUCUUUCCUGAGUUUUAAUGAUCAGGUUAUUACUGCGGAUGUGAACAUCGCUGAUUCAACUUAUUUUCUGUAUAACUGUAUAAAAUAUAAAUGGAAAAAGGUUUAAGUUCUUACCCAGUAUUUAGAGGUAAUGUAUUAUAACAGCCUUAUGAUGCAGUUUUACUUACAGAGUACUGCACUUCUUUUAAACUGGAUCAUACCAUCUUGGUAGGUGUAGAUCAACUUUGCAUGAGUGUGUUUGAGUUUUGUUUCUUUUUCACUGAAGUUUAAUUCUUAAGUUCUAUUUCAGUGUUUGUGUUUACUACUUGUGAUCAUGUAGUUGUGCCUUACAUUGUGGAAGAAUUUAGUCCAGCGUGCACUGUAAUUCCUAAUCUCUGCGGUUUGAAAGGUGGCUGUGGAUUUGGAUGAGAAAAUGACACCAUGCAUCAACCAACCAGUUCUGUAUAAACUAUGAUGAAAUGUUAUUGAAAUGUAAUUUUUGUUUUCUAACCUGUUACAGGAUUGAUGAACGACAAUAAAAGAAAAAAAUUAGA